UGAUGAAUUUUGUCGAGAAAUGGCUUCUGCACCAUCUCAUGCCAAAGCCAAAGAGUUGUAGAACCGUCUCCUUGCCCCAUUGAGCUGUCCUUCAGUAGUGGGAAAAAUGUCGACUCACCAUGACGACUAUGUGUAUACGAGGUGAUACAGUCAUCCAGACACGCUCUGCACAGGACAAGCAUUUGCCAGAAUAAUGGAUUCUGCAAAGACUGGGUAUCGAUUGAAGCCGGGUUCUUGCCUCCAAGCCAUGUCCCAGGAGAGGCAAACGCCUCGGUGGAGGGCAGUCCAAAAGAGCGCCAAACUACCCAAGAUGUCGAGUAGCAGUUCUGAAAAUGUGGUCGGGAACCAGGGCAACCCGCCACAUCGCAGAAGACUGGUAGAUGAGUCUCAUAUCGUCGGGAAAUACGCCAUGAGAGACAUAAUUAUAGCCAUGCAAGAAAACAUUGUGGACUGGGCGAAGGUUCUGGCUCGCAUGUUGCCCCAGUACGCCGCUCUACCCAGUGAUCUUUCCGAGCCGUGGAAUGAUGCAUGGUCAUUGGACAAGUAUCAGGGCAGUCUUGGAUCAUCCAAAGACGUGGACGAUACGCACGUAAAGUGGCUGAAGGUCAGAAAAAACAAACCAGAAUUCAGGCAACUUCUUUACCAUUCCAACGUAUUUCCAUCGAUUGGUGACCUGCGGCAUAUCACGGAUAAAUCGCAGCUCGCUCUUCUUCGUGCUUCCUAUGCCUGUGUCAAGGACGGCUCUGACGGCCACCGUUUCGCUUUUCAAAUUGUUCCCCCCCCCAUCCUUUCCGACAAGUUUGUUAUGGACUGCAUAUUGGACGCUCUCGAAGUUGCAUUUAAAAAGGGCAUGAGAGCUUGGAGCACCUAGCGCGCAACGACGACGAGGCAUACAUUCCUGACAUGGAUCUUCCCGGGACGUGGCAGACCUUGACAAACGUCAAGGAGCAUCGGAAAGAUUUGGAGAUCAUCAAAAAGCAUGUUGAGGACGUGUAUGUACAAUGAAAAGACCAAGCAACGACGCUUAGCUUGUUCUAAGGCCUUCAAUUCACUCCCGACGUUUGUGGACAUG